UUAUUAAUUGUUUAAUUAAUUAAUUACUCGUUUAAUUAAUUAAACUAAGUCGUUUUCUGCAGCAAAAUAUAACACCGAUGUGGCCUGCACAGAGCGUUGUGUCAAACAUACAUACACAAUUCUGUUAUUGUGUACGUUCAUCCUGGCCAGUAUUUAUAAAGGCCGUGUGUGUGCCUCAACGUACAAAUCAGUUUCUUGUUUUAACGUGAUUACAAUCAUAAAUUGUGUUAAGAAAAAUUUGCUUGCCGAUUUUAUUUAGAACGAUACUCCGAAAUAUAAACCAGGAAAAUUUGACGGACGGAGCGAAAAGUAUAUAGUUUUAAUUGCCGAAGAAAGCAUGCAGAACCGGAUACAGGAAAUUGUUAUGCAAAAUACAGAAAUAAAAAAAAUGCUGCAACGGUUACAUUUUUUGCCAUCAACCAUCACAGAACCCACCGAGGAGCAGCCGGAACAAGGCGCCAGUAAUAAUGAAAAAAAAGAAGAGGAAACUCUCGCGCCCUAUUAUAUCAUCAAGUUACAAGAGAAUAUGAAAGUUAUGCACAACAAAUUAACUUAUCUACAGGGCAAAGAAAAGAAGAAAAAUCCCGAUUAUAUCAAGUUAAAAAAGAUGGUAGGACAGAUAGACAACAUAUUAAUUCGUUUACAAGGCAACGGAAAAGGAGAGGAGAAAAAACUCGUGAUCGAUGAUCUUGGCAAGCUGUUAACAAAGAUGAUGGAACAAAUGAAGACCAUAGGGCAAAGAAGAGAGGCCAUGUUAGCAGAGGCGGCCGGAGGGACACGAGGUGGCCGGAAAGGCACAAAAGGCGACUAAAGGAGCAUAAAAUUGUGACUGUCAUAUUAACUUUUAACUAUUAACAAUUAUAUUAAUUGUUAACUAUUAAGGCCAUCACACACAAAAUGACAUAACUGCAUAUGCAUAGCAUAAGACCGUCUCGACCAAUGAACAUCUAAUAUAAAGGUGCCAUAUUGAUUUACAUAGGCUGAGUUCCACUUGGGCUGAGUUCCACUUGGUGAUCGCAACGCUCGUGAACAUUAUCUAUCUUUUUUAACUUUCGAUGAAAAACAAAGAUAAAAUGAUUCCACAAGCGUUGCGAUCGCCAAGUGGAACGUACCUUUGGUGAUCGCAACACUCGCGAACAUUAUCUAUCUUUCUUUAACUUUCGAUGAAAAACAAAGGGCUUGUUUGUUUUAGCUACACUGGGGCUGCUCUG